UGAUGCAGGUCAUGGUUUUAUGUUCCCAGGCAGGUGCAUCAUGGGACCUUUGAUCCAGCAUAUCUGUUUGGUAACAUUCCUUAUCUUUUUUGCCUCUUCAUCUGCUCCAGAUGAAACAGAGACUGAGAGGCAAUCAACUUGCAAGUCAACCAGUACACUGUAUGGUUUGAAUUGCACUGUGUGGUUUGCUGGAUGUGUUACAUUUGGGAUCAUUAUUAUCCUGGGAGUGGUUUUCUUGGUAUGGUAUAAGUGCUGUGGAGAUGCAAAUCAAAAUCUGCUGGGAAGAUUUAAUGUCAUUGGAGGAGAGGAUACAAAUACGAAAUUGGACCUCCCACAUAAUGAUACAAAUACGAAUUUGGACCUCCCACAUAAUGAGGCGCGCUCACAUGAAGUGGAUGUUGUUCUAGAUGGAAAAACAGCUCACUCUCAGCUGAAGAUAUCACACAAUGGGAAAGUUGUGGAGUGGGUGACACAAAAAGGAGAACCACAGACAGAGAUUGACAAGAAUGACAUUGACAAGCAUUUUGAUGAAGACCCCUAUGUGUUGGGCAGUAUGGGCCGUGCUAUGAGGGCCUACUGGGAGGUGUGUGUAAAGGAGAACAAGGACUGGGUACUUGGUGUUACUAGCGCAACAGCUAACAGGAAAGGACAGUUGGUUCUCAGCCCUGACAAUGGCUUCUGGGUAGUCAGGAUCUCCAAUGGCGAAAACCUUAAAACAUUCAUGGGUGAUGAUGUCCUUAAUGAAAGAAUUCCACACCGAGUGGGUAUCUAUGUGGAUUAUCAGGAAAGGAAGGUGACUUUCUACAAUGCAGAAGAUAAUUCACUCAUCUAUUCAUUUACCAAUGGACCAAGUUAUGAGGAUGAUGUCCGCCCACUUUUCUCACCCUGGAAGUAUGAAAAACAGCCCAUCACAAUUUUGUCAAUUUCAACUUAAAAACUGGAAAUAAUGUAAAACAUGAAAGGAUCCCCUCUACACCUGUCAGUAGGAUACUUUAUUGUGAUAGAAAGCUUAACUUGGCUGAGUGGUCUUACAGUAAUAAUGGUCAAUAUACAAUUAUUGAAUGUGAAUAAUUGUCACUUCAGUAAUAUUUAGGCAUAUGCUUGAAAUUGUUGAAAAUGUAUGAUAUUUUUCUUCAACUUUGUUGAAUGUAAUACAGCUAUUUCAGUUGUAUUUUUCUCAAACCACACGGAUAUUAGAAGAGAAAUCAUGCAUAAUGCACAGGUAAUGUUAUGUCUCCUUUCAUACACAUAUAUACUGUACACUGUAUUGAUUUGUGAAAAACAAAAUAUUGCUUUUAAGACUUGUAUGUGUAUCAGUUUAUACCUUGCGAUCAUGAGGAUCAAUCAGUUUGUUAGAUUAGGAAGGUUUGUAAUCAGCCAUUGGUCAGCACAAGCAUCAGAGGCCUUCGUAAAGACUGCUAUUCUGGGACCUCAUUAAUAAAAUGUUUGCACCCACAGAUUUGAUUGUAAAUUGUACAUAUAACAUCUACAGGAACAUGUGAUUUAUAAAUCGUGAACUUGAAAUGAAAAUAUGGAAUUGACAUAAAUUCUGCAAUAAAUUUGGGGAUUUCUAAAUUAAA